UCUUCUUCAUCUUCAUCAUCAUCAAAACACCAACACGUGUCCAAAGCCUCUCGGAGCAACUUAGUUUUUAAAAGCUGAAUAAAAAGUGUCCAUUUGAUGGAGAGUGGCGUGGUCCACGUCCACCGAGGGGGGGAGCGGUGUCCAUGGGGGCUCCAGGCCGAGGAAGAGUGCACCUGGCCGGCCUCACCCACCUCCGUCCCUUCGGCCUUGGAGGUGUUGAACGGCACGUGGGAGGAGAGCGACGCCGAGCCCAUGUCGCCCAUCAUCCCCAUCAUCGUGGCCGUGUACUCCGUGGUGUUCGUGGUGGGUCUGCUGGGUAACUGCCUGGUCAUGUACGUCAUCUUGAGGUACACGAAGAUGAAGACGGCGACCAACAUCUACAUCCUGAACCUGGCGGUGGCCGACGCCCUGGUGACCACCACCAUGCCCUUCCAGAGCGCCGACUACCUGCUGAGCUCGUGGCCGUUUGGCCAGGUGGCGUGCAAGGUGUUCAUCUCCAUCGACUACUACAACAUGUUCACCAGCAUCUUCACGCUCACCAUGAUGAGUGUGGACCGCUACGUGGCCGUGUGUCAUCCCGUCAAGGCGCUGGACUUCCGCACACCCAUCAAGGCCAAGAUCAUCAACGUGAUCAUCUGGGCGCUGUCAUCGGCCGCCGGCCUCCCCGCCAUGGUCCUGGGAAGCACCAACACACACAAUGGGACAACAGAGUGUGCCCUCCAGUUCCCAGAGCCGUACAGCUACUGGGACACGCUGAUGAAGAUCUGCGUGUUCAUCUUCGCCUUCGUGCUGCCCGUGGUCAUCAUCAGCGUCUGCUACACGCUGAUGAUCCUGCGCCUCAAGAGCGUCCGCUUGCUGUCAGGCUCCCGCGAGAAGGACCGCAAUCUGCGGCGCAUCGCUCGCCUGGUCCUGGUGGUGGUGGCCGCCUUCGUGGUCUGUUGGACGCCCAUCCACAUCUUUAUCCUGGUCAAGGCUCUGUCGCCGGACGUUCCCGAGACCACGCCGGUGAUGGCGGCCUACUUCUUCUGCGUGGCGCUGGGCUACACCAACAGCAGCCUCAACCCCAUCCUGUACGCUUUCUUAGAUGAGAACUUCAAGCGGUGCUUCAGGGACUUCUGCUGCCCCGCCGCCCGUAGAGACUGCCAGGGCGUGAGCCGGGUGAGGAGCACCUUGAGGGACCACUCGUGUCCCCGGGAGGCCCCCGGUGACCCCGGGCAGGCUAGGCCCGUAUGACUAGCUAUGGACGCGUCCUCGCCGCACGGCCCCGGCUGGGAAGACUCCAACGACCUGGGCUUGACCCAGAUCACCACAGCCAUCUGAGCGUCUGGGGUGUGGAUAAUAAUGUAACACCUGACACUGUUUAGUCAAACAUUUCAAUGGCUCUCAAUACGGUACUUUUGGGGGAAAUGGUUAAUGUCAAUGAUAUGAGAUAAAAACAAAACGAAACACCUCUUUAAACCUCUAAAGCAGUGGUUCUUAACCUGGGUUCGAUCCAACCCUAGGGGUUCGGUGAGUCGGGCU